AUGGAAAUUAAUGAAUUUAAAGAAUUAGAAUUAGAAAAAGCAGGAAGCACACAAAGUAUUAUUCGAUAUCCUCAUAUAACAAAAAAAACAUUUAAUUUUUUUGUUGAGUUAAAGGAAAGAUUUAAAAAAUUCAGAAAACUAAAAAAUAGCUUUUUUCCAGAUGAUAUUAAUCAACAAUAUAAAAUGAAAAUUUGUAAUAUUAUACAGAGAAGAUAUAUUUCAUUUUCAAUAACCACGUUUAAAUUUUACAAAAUUUUAAAAACAAAAGAUUUUAAUGAAUCUAAAUUAGUAGAAAUUGCUAAUUUAGAUUUAAACACAAUUCAAAAUAAUCCCAACAAAUUGAAUUUUUUUGAGUGUUUUUUAUUGAGAUUUGUUCAUGUUUUAUCAUAUCAAGAUCAUAAAGAUUAUACAAAGAAAAAUACAAAAUUGAUUAAUAGACUUAUAGAUUUGUUAAACGAGUAUAUUAAGUUUCAUUCGUAUUUUUUAAAAUUAAAAGAAAUGGUUAUUAUGAUAAACAAUGAUGACAUUGAUAAUUUACAAACUACAAAAGAAAAAUUUAUUGUUUUAAUUAACCAAAAUUUCUUUCAAGUUUUACUUCUUUAA